GAUGCUCCCACAGUCCCGACCAAGUGGCACUGAAGACAUGUUCUUCAAUGCUUCUUACACGUUUUGAAUCUUCCGGGACUGGAACCACACGAGUCAGCAAUAACACCAUUGUCCGAUACACCCACUAUCCACCCAUGAUAAAUCUCUCAUCAAAUUCAUGAUUCCAUCAGACCCGAUCACCGAUGUCCCCUCCCUACUCGUGGACGGCCUCUCGAGGACCGGCCGUUGACCAACGACCACCAACGGCCACUGGUUCCCAGCCAACCUCGCAUGGCCAGACCGUAAAUUAUGCGUCAGCUUGUUAUUAUCCAUCCUAUUUGUUUGCCAUCCAGAUUCCAAAAUGGGACAGAGACAACAAACCGGAAAUGGACGCGGUGGACAGUUCUUGAAGCAAUUCUGAAACUGACGAGCUUCUUAACGGGACUUGACUGGUGAAUAAGGCUUCCCAGCGAGCCGGGAGCACUGACGGUUGACGCCCGCCCCAUGUUUAUGGGGAUGUCCGUGCAUGUGAUGCGUCUGAAUGGAGGUGGGGUCAACACGAAGAAGCAAGGUGAAAUGCUUCUCUUUUCUGGCCAGGCAUCUCGACAAUGCUUUAGGUAUUUUGGAUGGCUAACUACCAGAUACCUAUCCCUCGAUGCCCUCACCCUGCAGCUCCUUCCCCUUUCCUGUUCAUCCUGCUUCUCUUGUGUCUCCUGUUGAACCAGGCAGCUGUGACCCCCUGUUGCAUCUGACGUCGGCUGUUGCCCAGCCCCUCAUCGAGGUCGUCGUUGUUCUUCAGCUUGCAGUGUUUGUCUCACACUGCAUAUUCGGACGGACAAAAGUUUUGUUCUCUCCAUCAUCCGCGCUCUUUGUCAUUCUGCCCACCAACGAUCACAUCAACGAGCCAAAUUAGGUAUUCAGCAAGUUGCAUCGACAUCGACUUCUCAUAUCAUAUUCCUGCCCGUAUCGAUAAGAUAGCAUCGUCGGGACUUGGCUAUCGCUUGCCUGUUCCCGGGGAGUGGGACAGCACGUUCCAGGUUUUGGGGUCGUGCUAGUGAGAAACUUGGAGUAAGGAGCCAACCACCACCUACUGUCAUGUCUCUCGCUAACAGCCAUUUGAACCCCAGCAGGGGCUGAGAGGACGGCCAAGGCCCAGCCCCAGACCUCCAAUCCAGCCUGCCUGCCAUCCCUCCCGUCAGCCCUUCCAGACUCCGCCCCCUCCUUUCCUCUGUUCUUCUUGCAAGACAUUGAGAACGAUACAUGGUAUUGAAGGGUAUCGUCGGCAAUUUUUUUUAAAACAUUCGUUCGCUAUACGCACCGCGCAAAAUCAUUUCAUCGACGACCAUCAUCUCGAAUUUGCCGGCUCUCCGACUCCGCUCAAUCAUUGAUAAACACGCAGUAUACGACUCCGGUUGCUUGCGAACGGCACUGGUCGAGAGGUACAGACAUAGAGGGGACGCCUCCCAGAGCCUCAUCGUCUACCAAUUGCGCCAUGUUGUCCAACGAGAGCUGGCCUGCGCUCCAGCGCAAAAGGGGGAGAGAAGAGGACCUUGCCGAGAUAUCCCCUGGUGGUAGGCUUGGCUUCACUGAACACAGGAGUAAACGCCUCCAAGCCCUUCCACUUAGGACGUCUCCCCCAUCUAAGCGAUGGGCCGAACCACCAAGAUUCCAUGCGCCGCCAACAACAUUCAUCAUCCCGAGCCAACCACGAACCAUCACGCCAAACAGUUCGGAUUCUGAGGAGCCAGGUCAUUUUGCCUUCGCCGAGGAGCCAGAGAUCGUCACAGUUCCGACCCUACAAUCCCCCGUCAAUGUUAGUAUCACCAUGGCAGACAUGGACAUGGACAUGGACAUGAUGGACACCGCCCCCGAGCCAAACCCGAACCACCUCAACGCUUUCCAACCGGAGCCACUUCCCAGUGUCACCGGUCGCAUCCCGACACCAAUACACUGCAGCUUUGCAGCUCAGGUUCGAGGCCAAAACUGGAACGAGGCCCACGGUGCGCUGGCAACAACACCGGAAGAACCCACUUCCAUGGCCUUUGACAGCAACGGUAUGGCUGACGUUGCCGUGGCCCACGACUCGAAUCCGACCACCAACGCUCUGGCAAUGGCGGAUUGGAAUCACAUCCAGAACCGCCGGCUGCCAUCCCCGAUCAGCGAAACCGGCGGUGAAGACAGCCCAGCCAUGGUGCUUGAUUCGUGCUGCUCCCCUCACCCUAUCACCACAUCCCCGAGCGGACAUCUCAGCCACUUGACGCACGAGCACCCGUUGCUGGCAUCGAUGAGGGAGCAAUCUCCGCGACCGGGUUCACCAAAUGGAGGAAUGGAGGUGGAAUCGGGCUCGCCAUCACCGAAACGGGGGCACGCGAGGUCGAGACAUACGGUCAACUCGUGGACCGCGGUGCCGCCGGGAGUGAAGAGGUCGUUCAGUAUAGGGUACCGGGCGGAUUGUGAUAAGUGCAGGAUGAAGGUGCCGGGGCAUUUUAAUCAUAUCAUCAUUUCUUAGAGGGAUGAAGCUGAUGGGAGGUGGAAGAGUAGUGUUGAGGGGGUGAGGGAGAGGAUUGGGGGUCAUGGGGAACAAGAGAAGGGAUGGCUUGGUGGUAGGAGGAUUUGUGCUGCUUGUUGUUAAAGGGGAGGUUGCCUGACAAAUGAUUUGCGGUUGAUACCAAGGAAGCGUAAUUAGGUUUUGGUUCUCACUCGUUUGCUUUUUUUCUGCUUUUGGUCACUGUAUAGGGCUUGGGAUGGAUACGCUCUUUUGUUGCCUUUGGGCCGGCUCUUGUGUUUUGUUUGGGACGGCUGAAGGAGAGGAAGGGACAGCAUUGGUAUUUCGUGCAACGCGCACACACAUCAUUGCCAGUGAGCAAAGUGGCUUCUUUUGUGUAUAGUUUGGGAAUGGGACAGCGAGCGAGUAGGGGAAUUGGGAGUUGAGAUGUCAAAUUGGGAGGGGAGUGGAAUCGGACACAACACACAGCUGGAAUUUCUUAUAUCCAGUAAUUUGCAUUGGUUGAGGCAUUAGUAUCUUUCCUGAUGAGAAAAAGAAUACAAAGCGGAACGUUGAUAUCAUACUCUUC